CAACUUUUUCAGAAUUGGGGUUGUAGUUUGUUUCAGUCUUGUUUUCAUAAGUACACAUUUGCUUUCACUGUGUUAUUAUGAAAAGGACCUAAUUAUCAUAGUAUAAAAAUCCUGUUAUUUUACUCUAAAAUACUGCCAGCUGUGGUUGCCAGAAUCUCAACAACAACAACAAAAAAGAAUACAGUGACCAUAUUUCAGUAAUUACGGAUGCCAUUUUGGUGCCUUUAUAUUUUACAGUUCACAAUACUGUUCAUAUUAUUGAAUAAUAUAAACUUAAUAUAACAACCUUCUGGAACAAAAAAAAUCUGCAUUUCACUUUAAAAUGUAUUGUUGCACGACAGUAACAACAGAAGGCCACAUGAUUACUUAAAUUUCAUCAAGAGUGGCCCCUCCAGAAGCAAUGAACAAUACAAAUUAAAAGACACAUUGUUACCCACACAAAACACCAUCAGGAUUACACAUUAUGCCAUAACCAUUAACUUGAUUACAUAACAUAUAACACAGAACACCUCAAUGUACAGAACUGAUAUCAAAAAUAAGAGGAACCAUAACUACUUCCAUAAAAUAUAAUGAAAUGUGAUGGGUCACACAAGGGAUUCUGUGAAAAAACUAUUAUUGUUUUUCACUGUAAUUUUAAGUUUACCGUAAAUGUACAUGUACUCUCUUGUUAAACCUAAUAUAAUUGUUUACCAUUAUUUAUAUGGUAAAAUCAUAGUUUUUACAUAAAAAUUACAUUUGUGUUAUGGUUAUAUACCUGUUAAGCAUUUUUUUGUUACUGUAGCAUUUUUACAUUCAUUCAAAUUAUGGACAUUUUUUAAACACUUAUUUAUUACCAGCUAAUUUUACCAUAAAACCAAAACAAAAUAUUUUGUUGAUAUUUUAAAGCAUUUAACUCUUUCACUGAAAACAUCACUAAAAUGAAGCAUUUACAUCAGUUUAUGGUCACAAUUCAGAUUAGUAAUCAAGUUACAGUGUACUGUAAUUACAAAAGUAGCCUAUGUACAGGGCAGAUUACUUCUGAAUUGUAAUCUGGUACUGAUUACAAAUUACGUUACUAAAAUUGAAAUCAUUAACAUAAUCUCUUGGAUUAUAAUUUUAAAGUAAUCUAAUCUGAUUGCUUUUGGAUACUCAUUUUUAUUUAAUGUCACAUGCAUUUGAGUAGGAUAAGCCUGUACCAUUUAGACAAUGUUGCUUAAAUCCAUUAAAGAAAACUUGACAACACUUUAAAACGGUUACAUUUGUUAACAUUAUCGUUAACUACAUUAACUUGAACUAAAACUGAACAAGAAUUUAUUAAUCUUAACGUUAAAUUCUUCAGGGUAACGUUACCUUCUUCAUACUAACACAUUUCUAAAAUCAAAAGUUGUAUAUGUUACCAUUAGUUAAUGCACUAUGAACUAACAAUGAACACUUGUAUUUUUAUUGAAUGAAAUGAACAAAAAUUAAUAGACACUGUAAAAAAUAUAUUGUUCAUUGUUAGUUCAUGAUACGUAAUGCAUAUACUAAUGUUAACAAAUGCAACCUUAUUAUAAAGUGCUACCGAAAACUUAAUUAAUCAAAAUAUGAGAAUUGAUAUUAUUUUUUGUUAACUCGCUAUGUGUCUGUUUCUGAGUGAAAUUAAGGCACUUAAAAUGGUCUUACUCUGGCAAUUUUGGCAUUACAGACACCAUCCAUGUGUGGUAACACAACAUCAGACCAGUUAUAUUUGUGUAUUAGGGACGAAAGAAAAAAAAAACAGUCUCAAAAGUUGUCACAAAAGCAAAAGCGCAUUCAUGUUCAUUUUUGAAGACGAAUACAAAAGCUAUUCACAAAACUAAAACUAACUAAACACAAGUUUGGCAACCGACUUCCCAAAUGUUUAUCAGCUGUAGGCCGAUUUAGAAUGAAUCAUUUUUCAGUAUUUAAAAAGAAGAAUUUGAGGGAUCAAUAAAUUAUGAAAAAAUUACUUAUGAUUAAUAUGUAAUCGUUUAAUCCUUCAAAAAGUAACUGUAAUCUGAUUGAGUAUUUUAAAAUGUAAUUUAAUCUAAUUACAAGUACUUCAUUUUGUAAUCUGAUAACAUAAUCCAGAUUACAUGCAAUCCAUUACUUGCCAACACUGCCUGUGUAAUACUGAUGAAUAGCAUUUACUUUAUGGCCUACUGUGUGCCAUUAUGUUUUAUUAUGUAAUUAUUAACAUAUGUGUAACAUGAACUGUAACAUAAAUAUUCAUAAACUGGUUUCUGUAUUAGGCUCUUGAUGACGAUGAAAAGUGCUCUAUCUCUUUAAAUGAGGGAGCAUGUGUAGUGUUGCUGUGGUUGGUUUUCAUCCAGCUCUGCCUGUUGGAGUCGACAAACACUGCAAGUACACUUCAGAAUAGCAAUGCGUUUUAGUCAAGGCACAGACACUCUCUUGUUUAUCUUUCUCGCAAGCAACAUGUUAUUAAUUCCAGCCAUUUGUAAAUGAAGCUUUGAAGAACUUUCUGCUUGGAGGCAUCAGGUGUUAACAGACUACCAACUGCGUGGAUUACAGACAAACAACACUACUGUACACCAACCAUCUCAUCUGGAUAGUGGAGCUCGUUUCACUCCAUCCGUCCGCCGGAGAAGUGGCAUAUAUGGGCAACCAGGUUGACAAACUGUCACACCUAAGUUACGCCGAAGUUCCCACGACAGACCCGAACGGAUUCGACGCCGAAGAAGACGUCCCGCGGAUCGGGGUCUCAUACAUUUUCGCGACGGACGACGACGAACUGGACGAUCAUCAUGUCGAUGGAUCGGAGCAGAAUCAGGAAGAGAAGCACUACGACAAACGAAACGAGCUGGACUGCGCCGUUUAUCAUCGCGACGAGUGUAUUUACGAGAAGAGCGUCAAGGCUGCAGAUACAGAGACGUUCAGCCCGGAGAAUUUAUUAAACAAGUGUAAGCCCGGGGAUCUGCUGGAGUUCGUGUCCACCGGGCAGUACCCGCACUGGGCUGUGUACGUCGGCGACUUUCAGGUGGCGCACCUGCACCGGGCGGAGGUCAAGAACAGUUUCCUGACCGAUGCUAGCCAGGGCAGGAGGGGAAGGAUCGUGAACGAGCUGUAUAAAUUCAAAGCCCUCAGUCCCGAUGUGGUGGUGCAGAACGCGAUGGAGCAGGUCGGGGCGAAAGACGGAGAAUUGAGUUGGAGGAACUCGGAGUGUUUCGCCGCCUGGUGCAAAUUCGGUAAACGCGAGUUUAAGAUGGGAGGAGAGAUACGCAUCGGAAAACAACCGUACAGAUUAAAGCUGCUCUUGUCUGAUAAGCAGUCGCAUGUGUUGGAGUUUCAGAGUUUGGAGGAUGUGAUCAUGGAAAAGAGGAGAAACGAUCAGAUCGGUAAAGCGGCUGUUAUUCAAGAACUGGCUCAUCAUUUGAGCAACAGCGGAAGCAGCAGGAGUGAAGCAAUCCAUUGACAUGCAACAGGUUGAGGACAGAUAUGGAGCAUUCAGUGUGCUGAUCUCUGACAUCACGCGUUAUGAUGAUAAAUGCAUACAUUUUAAGUCUUAAAAGUGUAUUUUAAGUUAGACUUUAAAAUAAACUGGCUCUCAAGAACUGUUAAUUAUGUAAAAGGCUCUAUGAGUUCCGUAAAUCAGCAUAUGUGGACCAUGCUUUCUGAAAGUUUUAGCACAAGAAAGUAAAUCAUGACUGAAUCCACCAAGUCUGCCCUCCUACUGAGUUAUUCCUCCUUUUCUCAUCUCCUUUUUUCACACUUUUUACUCCAGUGAAUAUUUCUCAGGGUAGGUUUAUAUUCUAAAUCAGUUUCUGUAGAGCAACAUGGCUACAAAAAAAGCUGUUGAACAUUUUCAACGUUAUUGCCCAGGAAUAAAGUUACAGUUCAUUGAAUAUACACUCAGUGACCACUUUAUUAGUUACACCUGUACACCUACUUAUUCAUGCGAUUAUCUAAUCAGCCAAUCGUG